AUGAGGAUCGAGACGUGCUACUUCUGCUCGCGGCCCGUCUAUCCGUCAAAAGGCAUAACCUUUGUGCGCAACGACGCGAAGCAGUUCAAUUUCUGCCGCUCCAAAUGCCACAAGAACUUCAAGAUGAAGCGGAAUCCGCGCAAACUCGCGUGGACCAAGGCGUUUAGGAAGGCGCAUAACAAGGAAAUGGUCGUCGACAGCACCCUAACCUUCGCCUCCCGCCGCAGCAUCCCCGUGCGCUACAACCGCGACCACAUUGCCACCACCCUCAAAGCAAUGCAGCGCGUCGCCGAGGUCCGCGCAAGGCGCGAGCGCCAGUUCUACAGGAACCGCAUGGCGGGCAACAGGGCGGCCCAGCGAGCUGCGGACAGGAAGCUUGUCGAGGAGAACCAGCAUCUGUUGCCGCCGGAGGAGAGGACAGCGAUUCUGGCGCAUUUGGAAGAGGAGGAGAGGGAGGUGGAUUUGUUGGAUGGGGAGAGGGAGACCAUGGCGGAGGAGGUGUUGGAGGCGCCGAAGGUUAAGACGAAGGCGAGGAGGAGGCAGAGGUUGGUUGUGGGAGGGGGUGUGGAGGAGAUGGAUGUCGAUGGAUGA